AUGCUCGACAAGAGGAGCAACGACGGGGCUACAUCCGUCCACUACGCCAUGAAGGCUCCGCAUUCGGCUCCUAGGCCCUCGCCCGGCCCGCGAUCUUCCCAUAGCCAUACGCAUUCGCAGUCCAAACUCGCAGUCCCUGCCGCAAAGAGCCCCAAGCCCUCCACGCCUGUUGCGUCUCCUUGGAUGCCCUAUUCCGUUGGCCAGUCAAUGCCUCCCCAGAAGCUGUCCCCCGCGAGACAGUCGGAAGCGAGAGCCUCGAGCCCAAACUACUUCGGACUCAUUGUAGAACAGUCGGCCGACCCGAGAGAUUCCUCCGCCAUGCCUCGAGACAACUGGAGCUCCCCGACCUCGUCCGUCAAGUCGUUUGGCGCCGCGAUGCCCAAGCAGGUUCCUAUCGAUGCUAACCCCGACUAUGAGGCUUUCAAGCGCCAGGCCGAUCUCAAUCGCGGCAUAGGCUUCAGCCUUUCCUCUUCUCACUUCCCACAAGCGCCCCCAAAUCCCACGACGCUUCGUCCUCGCCCGGCGAGGUGGAAUACCCACGCAAGCGACAAUGCUUCAGACUUGUCGAUACCCCGAGUGGCCAAGGAGCGGCCCUUGAGUCGCAUGGAGGUCGACCAACAGAGCUCGCACGAUUCGGCCUACGUCUCGCUCGACUCGAAACGCAACUCUGAGGCCUCAAUACAACCACCUGCUAUUUUGAACCUGAACAUGCCGAGAUUUGAGUCGCCGAUGCAAUCCGAGUCACCUUUCGAACGAAGAACAACAUUAUCCAAGGUCGAGGACCGUCACCCGAGGUUAUCCAUCUCCCAGAACAAGCUUGAUAUCCCGGCGCCCAACAAUGCCAGAACAAAUCAACCGCGAGCCGAGACGAUGCCGCCGACCAUGGAGAGCGGGCCCUCCUUGAUGGCGCCUUCGCAACUCGAGGACUUGAUCGAGGCUGACGGUUCGGGGGUCGACUUGCUGCUUCUGGAUCUGAGAGUAUCGCAACAGUAUUCCCAAGCUCGUAUCAAAGGCGCGCUCAACCUUUGCAUUCCCACGACACUGUUGAAACGAGCUACAUUCAACUUGACGAAGCUGCAGAAGACGUUCCAAGACCCUGCGAUGGAAGAGCGGUUCUCAAAAUGGAAGUCGACCAAGCACCUCGUUGUCUAUGAUGCAUACUCGGCAGAGAAGCGUGACGCCGUUUCGUGCAUGAACAUGGUGAAGAAGUUUGCAAACGAGGGCUACACAGGUGGCAUGUACAUCCUGCGGGGCGGCUUCAAUGCUUUCGCUGAUGCGUAUCCCGACCUUGUGGAUGAAGGGUGCGGUCCCGUGGCGAGCGGUGGUGUCCUGGCGGCGACCAAUGCCGGAAACCGUCCUGGAAUCGCACCCGUUAUUGGUGGUGUGAUGUUGCCAAUGUCACAAAACAACGCCAACCCUUUCUUCUCCAAUAUUCGUCAAAAUAUGGACCUUGCCGACGGCGUGGGCCAGUUGGACAUCGCUCGGCCUUCGGGCUUGGAAUCGCCUACACUCCCCCGGUGGCUUAGGGAUGCUUCCAAGCCGAGUGACCACGGCAAGCAGGUGUCUGAGAAGUUUUUGGGCAUAGAAAAAGCAGAACAAGCACGGAUGAAGGCUGCUUACUCAAUGUUUGACGGAAGCGAGAAGAAUAAGAGCGCGCCGCAGCUUUGUGGCAUUGAAAAGGGUGGCAAGAACCGUUACAAGGACAUCUUGCCCUUCGAGCACGCCCGAGUGAAAUUGCAGGGCCGGCCGGACGGCGCAUGCGACUAUGUCAACGCUAGUCACAUCAAGUCACCAAGGAGCAACAAGAGAUACAUUGCCACGCAGGGCCCGCUCCCAGCAACUUUCGAGGAUUUCUGGUCCGUCAUAUGGGAACAGGACAUUCGCGUUGUUGUCAUGUUGACCGCCGAGUCGGAAGGUGGUCAGCUCAAGUGCCAUCCGUACUGGCAAGGCAGAGACUUUGGCUCAAUGAGACUGAAGCCUCUAUCAGAGAAAAAGGUCUCGUUGGAUUUUGAUAAGCAUCGUACGAACCAGGGAUCGACCGCCCCGUCUGCGGCGGCUACUGCUGAAGCCGGUCGCCGUCGUGCUAACACGACAACCACCCUGGAAGCCACGAGCGCCGGUGCCGCGCCCGCGCCGGCGCAGGGCGAGACGCCAUAUGUCGUCAUUCGCAAGUUCGCUCUGUCUCACGCCUCGCACCCUUUCGCCCCGAUGCGUGAGAUCACUCAUCUGCAUUACCCAUCUUGGCCGGAUUUCGGCGCCCCUGCUCAGCCCUCUCAUUUACUGGCUCUGGUAGAGAUGGCAAAUGUAAUGCAACGAUCAGCGAGACCCGUCGACACCUCAUCUGUAUCUGCUGUCCGAGCAUCACCCGAGCCUGGCUCUCUCGCAUGGUAUGAUGAGCCUGAGAUGGACCAAAGGGCAAGGCCGAUGCUUGUGCACUGCUCGGCAGGAUGUGGUCGAACAGGCACUUUCUGUACUGUGGACACGGUCAUCGACAUGCUGAAGCGUCAGCGACUUGCAAAGACGAACAGCAGGCCUGUCAGGAAGCGGGACUCGGAUGGCGACAUCAAGAUGAGCGGGCAGUCCGAAGAACCUUCUCCUCGCGAGAAGACUUUCGACUUGAACCCUGGCAGUCGCCGCCAAAGUGUUGAUGCGCGGCGAGGUUCGCCUGACCAGACACCGCUGGACACCACAUGGUUGGCGGACGACAGCGACACUAUGGAUCUCAUCCAAAAGACAGUGGAGGACUUCCGGAACCAAAGACUUAGCAUGGUGCAAAGCCUGCGCCAGUACGUCUUGUGCUACGAGACGAUUCUCGAAUACGUAUGGCGGGUACACGAGAGGAACUCGCCUUUGAACAAGGGCGGCAGAGCUCGAAGUGGAAGUUUACAGGUUAGAGGGGACAAAUAA